GACGAAGCUAUCGAAUUCUCCUAUACUUCCUGUCUUCCGCUGUAGUGCGAUUUGGCUAGCAGAAUUGACUGAGAACUCGGUUCGGUUAUCUGCUGAGAGAUAACAUUUUGUGACGUCCAGACUCAGCCAACAAGCUUUCCCUCCUCUCCUCAGCUCCUCCACUCCAGCGGUUCCUCAUGCCAGACGGAGAGUGUGACUUCUUCUGCUUCUUCCGCUGCUGCUGAGCACCUGUGUGUGCCCCUGAGCCUGCUGGGAACCAUAGUCUGCGCAGCGAGGCAGCGGUGUGGUGAGGGGCUGCCGUCCCUCAGAAAGCGGGCUAAGUCCAGAGAGGGAUGUCUGUAGACAUGAGCAGCCAGGCCUCCGACAGCAACGAGGAAGACUUUGGGGCGAACUCUGAGGAGGAUGAUGAGGAUGGGGGUGAGGAAGGCGAUAUCGCCGACUACUACGAGGGUGUCGCGGGUGACGUGGAGCAGCAGGAACCGGAUUCGUUUGACCCCGAAGCGUAUCAGUUCAACUGCCUGACCUACAGAGAGAGCCAGAGGGUGCUCAGCGACGAGGUCAACGUGGUGGCCACGGCCCUGAAGGUUUUGCCGGCUGUAGCAAAAUUGGUCCUUUUACAUUUUCACUGGCAGGUGUCACAGAUACUGGAUAGGUGUAAGUCAAGUACACCUCAGAUGCUGUCUGAAGCCGAGGUCCAGCCCAGCAACUGCAGAUCUGCGACUACCUCCUCCUCCUCCCUGCAGUGUGGCGUGUGUCUGCAGCUGGUGAGGAGAGACGCCCUGCACGCUCUGCCCUGCCAUCACUCCUUCUGCAAAGGAUGCUGGGAGCAGCAUUGCACAGUCCUGGUGAAGGACGGCAUGGGAGUGGGGAUCUCGUGCAUGGCUCAGGAAUGCUCACUGAGGAUGCCAGAGGACUCUGUGCUCCCCCUUCUGCCUGGAGAGGAACUGAGGGACAAAUACAGACGCUACCUCUUCAGAGACUACGUGGAGAGUCAUUUCCAGCUGCAGCUGUGUCCAGGUGCAGACUGCCCCAUCGUCAUCCAGGUGCAGGAGCCGCGUGCUCGCAGAGUACAGUGCAGCCGCUGUGGCGAAGUCUUCUGCUUUAAGUGUAGGCAAAUGUACCAUGCCCCCACAGACUGCCCAACCAUACGGAAGUGGCUGACAAAAUGUGCCGACGACUCGGAGACGGCCAACUACAUCAGCGCACACACUAAAGAUUGUCCGAAGUGCAAUAUCUGCAUUGAGAAGAAUGGUGGCUGCAAUCACAUGCAAUGCUCCAAGUGUAAAUAUGGUAAGAACACACACAUGAAACACAUGGUCGUCUUCUCACUCAGUACCUUGUCUAUAUGCCAAUCGUUGUCGAUUCCAUCUUUUUCUCACUUUCUGUGUAUGUGUAUGCGUAUGUGCGCAGACUUCUGUUGGAUGUGUCUGGGAGACUGGAAGACCCACGGCAGUGAGUACUACGAGUGCAGCCGUUACAAAGAGAACCCCGACAUCGUCAACCAGAGCCAGCAGGCGCAGGCCAGAGAAGCGCUCAAGAAAUACCUCUUCUACUUUGAGAGGUGGGAGAACCACAACAAGAGUCUGCAGCUGGAAGCUCAGACCUACCAGCGUAUCCAGGAGAAGAUCCAGGAACGUGUGAUGAAUAACCUCGGCACAUGGAUCGACUGGCAGUACAUGCAGAAUGCUGCCAAACUACUGGCCAAGUGUCGCUACACGCUGCAGUACACAUACCCUUACGCCUACUACAUGGAGUCUGGGCCGCGCAAAAAACUGUUUGAGUACCAGCAGGCUCAACUAGAGGCGGAGAUAGAGAACCUGUCAUGGAAGGUGGAGCGGGCAGACGGCUACGACCGAGAGGGGGAACUCAGCGCCAACGACAGAGGGGAUCUGGAGAAUCAAAUGCACAUAGCGGAGCAGAGGAGGCGCACGCUGCUGAAGGACUUCCACGACACCUGAGCCCACGUCCCACACGCGCACCAGCAGCGACUCCUCCCCGCCCCUCCCCUCCCCUCUCCCCGCCUCCUCUCCAAAGAUCCCCCGUCAUCCGUCGCACCCUCCUCACCUCAUCCCUCGCUCUAGCCCUCUUCCCCACCUGUGCAUCCAUCCAUCCAUCCAUCCAUCCAUCCCUCCAUCCCUCCACCCACCCAGACAUUUCCUCCAUCACAUGUCCAACUCACGCUCUCACAGCAGAGAGACAGUGACUGCGGCUGACAAUGGAAUUCACACACACACACACACACUCACACACUACAGUGUUAUCGGAGAGCCAAUGCGUCUUUGGCUUCAGACUCUCUCUGUCACACAUGUAUACUUGCAAACACAGUUACACACUUUCUCCCAUAUCAGAAUAUAUACACAGACACACAUAUGCACACAUAACACUCACAGAAACACUCCUCAGAGAUCGGCAGACUAACAGGCCCUACCCAUGACCCCCUCCCCCCCUCCUCACCUAUCCCCACAAUUGCCCCUUUUUCUUUUUCUCUUUUUUUUCUGGACUUUCUUCUCGCAUUUGUCAGCUUAUUUUUUUCUGGAUUAAUGGCUGUUGAUAGUUAGAACAUUUAAAAAAUAUAUUACAAAAUACAAAACAAAAAUGCUGUAAUUUUGAACGGUUGUACAUUAAUACAGAGAUAGUUACUGAGAGAAAGUUUUUAAACCAGACAUGGACUCCUGUGUGAUCAUUGGGUGGGUCUGCAUGUCUCCUACACAAACACUUCUCACUUCAUUAGGGCUCUUAUGUUUAUUUGGGGAAAAUGUGUCCAGGAGUGAAGUGGUGCCAUUGUUUGCUUAAAAAUGGACAAAAGGCUUUAUAGAAUGAUUUCCUGUUUGUAUGAAGUGAGGCAAUCCCAUAAACCAAGGACAAUGAUGAAGUCUAAAUGCCUUUGAACAGUACCUUCAAAUAAAAAGAUGUUCCUGCCUAAA